UGGGCUUCUCAGAGUUGGCGGUGGUGAUGGGGAUCUUCGAGUAGUUCCCGAGCCAGCACCGCCGCGCCCCCAGCAAGAGCCCUUCGCUCCCGGGCGGCCCACGGCCAGCUCUGAUAUCUUGGGGUGAAGAGAGGUAGAAUUCGACUGAGGAAGGAAGAAAAGAGCGGAUUGGGGGCUCGGAAGGAAGGGGGAAGAGGUCUCCUCAGGGAGUUGGGAAGAAGGGAUCAGGGUCCUGGGGGGAAGAAUGGUCAUCAUGGCUAUGCUUAUAGAAGGAGCAGAAGGUGACUCUUAGACAAACAAUUCCACCUUCUCCAAACUAUUCGGAAGACAUUUGUGCUUCUUCUCGUGAUCUGAUUUCUAGCUCUGUACUAUAUAUAUACUGUGGCCUGGGAUAGUUCAGUGUUUUCAUUUCCACCGACGUGAAAGUGGAGAUGUUAAUUAUCCGGGAGUAUAUUGCUGUGUUACUUGAAAAUAAUAUAUCGCUUGAGUGUAAUCAAGCACAUUUCUACUCAGAGAGAAAAAUAAGCAGUAUUUUAAAAGCGGAACAGAGCGUUCUUGCCACAACCAUAUGAUCAGCACCUUUGCCUUAACCUUUGGCCACUGUCUGUCGCUAAGAUGAGCACCCACCAUUCCUCUCCUUUUGAUGACCCUGAACGUCGAGUCCGGAGCACGUUGAAGAAGGUCUUUGGGUUUGACUCUUUUAAGACACCUUUACAACAGAGUGCGAUCAUGGCUUUGGUGAAAGGUGACAAGGAUGUUUUUGUGUGCAUGCCCACAGGGGCAGGAAAAUCCCUCUGCUAUCAGCUCCCUGCUCUAUUGGCCAAAGGCAUCACCAUCGUCAUCUCUCCUCUCAUUGCUUUGAUUCAGGACCAAGUAGACCAUUUGCUGGCCCUGAAGGUACAUGUGCGUUCCCUGAACUCGAAGCUCUCGGCCCAGGAGAAGAAGGAGGUGCUCUCUGACCUGGAGCAAGAGAAGCCCCGGACCAAACUCCUGUACAUCACACCAGAGAUGGCAGCCUCAUCCUCCUUCCAGCCCACCCUGAACUCCCUGGUGUCCCGCCACCUGCUCUCCUACCUGGUAGUGGAUGAAGCUCAUUGUGUGUCCCAGUGGGGACACGACUUCCGUCCUGACUACUUGCGUCUGGGUGCCCUGCGCUCCCGCCUGGCACAUGCCCCGUGUGUGGCUCUAACCGCCACAGCCACCCCGCAGGUCCAAGAGGAUGUGUUUGCUGCUCUGCACCUGAAGCAGCCGGUUGCUGCCUUCAAGACUCCUUGCUUCCGGGCCAACCUCUAUUAUGACGUUCAGUUCAAGGAAUUGCUUUCUGAUCCCUACAAGAACCUGAGAGACUUCUGCCUUAAGGCUCUUGGACAGAAGAGUGAUAAAGGGUUGUCCGGCUGCGGCAUUGUCUACUGCAGGACCAGAGAGGCUUGUGAACAGCUGGCGAUAGAGCUCAGCUACAGGGGGUUGAAUGCCAAGGCCUACCACGCAGGGCUGAAGGCUUCUGAAAGAACACUGGUGCAGAACGAGUGGAUGGAGGAGAAGAUCCCUGUAAUUGUUGCAACCAUUAGUUUUGGGAUGGGAGUGGACAAAGCCAAUGUCAGGUUUGUCGCCCACUGGAAUAUUGCCAAAUCUAUGGCUGGGUACUACCAAGAGUCUGGCCGGGCGGGCAGGGAUGGGAAGCCUUCCUGGUGCCGUCUCUAUUACUCCAGGAACGACCGAGACCAAGUCAGCUUCCUGAUCAGGAAGGAAGUAGCAAAACUCCAGGAAAAGAGAGGGACCAAAGCAUCUGAUAAAGCUGCUAUCCUGGCCUUUGAUGCCUUGGUGACCUUCUGUGAAGAACUGGGGUGCCGCCAUGCUGCCAUUGCCAAGUACUUCGGGGAUGUGCCCCCCACCUGCACCAGAGGCUGCGACCACUGCCAGAACCCUGCGGCCGUGCGGAAGCAGCUGGACACCUUGGAGCACAGGAGCGGCUGGAGCAAGACCUGCAUUGGGCCCUCCCAGGGGAAUGGCUUCGACCCCGAGCUGUAUGAGGGAGGCCGCAGGGGCUAUGGGGGCUUCAGCAGGUACAGUGAAGGUUCUGGAGGCAGUGGGGACGAGGGCAGAGAUGAGGACCGUAAGCGGGAAUGGAACCUCUUCUACCAGAAGCAGAUGAGUCUGCGCAAGGGCAAAGACCCCAAGACAGAAGAAUUUGUGCCCCCAGAUGAGGACUGUCCCCUGAAAGAGGCUUGUAGCAGGAAGAUCCCCAGGCUCACUGUGAAGGCCCGGGAGCACUGCCUGCGGCUCCUGGAGGAGGCGCUGAGCGCUAACUGCCCGGCUGCAGACACCGCCGAUGGGCCCGACCUGCAGGCCAAGGCCGUGGGGCUGGAACAUGACAUAUUCCGGAACACGAAGGCGGCCAACCUGUACAAGGCCAGCGUGCUGAAGAAGGUGGCUGAGAUCCACAGAGCCUCCAAGGACGGGCAGCUCUACCCCACGGCAGGCGGUGCCAAAAGCUGCAGUGAGCCCCCAGAGCCCUCCGAGCAAGACAUCCUGCCGGCCUCCCAGGUGUACUCGCUCAAACCCAAGCGGGUGGGAGCUGGUUUCCCCAAAGGCUCCUGCCCAUUCCAGACGGCCACCGAGCUGAUGGAGAAGAUGCGGACCGAGGGGCAAGCCCCCCGGCCUGUGCCGAGAGGCCAGCAGGAGCCCCCCAGCCAGCCCUGUGGCCUCCAGGAGGAGAGCAGGGGGCCUGUCCCUGGGCUCAGAGGAGGGGCCCCCAGAAGCAGUGCUCACUGUGGGGCGCCCUCCCCUGAGAAGAAGACGGAAGGCCCCUCUGGAGGCAGUCCCAGUGCCAAGGCCCGGGCCAGCAAGAAGCAGCAGCUGCUCGCCGCUGCGGCUAAGGGCUCUCAGAGCAUCGCCCGCUUCCUCCUCCCAAGGGCCGAGAGCCCACCUCUGCUUGCCUCCGCCCCCGGGCCAGAGGGUGCCAGCCCUUCCUGUGAGGGGGUGCAGGGACUCCGGGCUGUGGCCCCAGAGAAACGCACGGGGGAGGAGGACGGAGCCCUGGGAUGUUUGGCUGCCCAGCCCCAGACUAAGGAGUCCACCAGCGAGGGGCCAAGUGCCUGUCUACCCAGAGACCCAGGGCCCCCCGAAGGCCAGCUCACCCCCGCAGCGGAGACACAGAGGGGCAAGCGGCCCAGACCCCAGCAGGAGAACCUGGAGAGCCAGGCGCAGAAGAGGCCUCGCCCUGCGGCCGGUGCUUCCAUUCUAGCCGAGGCCAAGGACAACAUCUUGGCCAGUACUCAGGUCACCGUCAACCUCCCAGCCCAAGGCUCCCACCAGCUCCCAGCUCCUGGCGUCUCCCUGAAGGAGGCUGCAAAUAUUGUUGUCAAAUGCCUGACCCCUUUCUACAAAGAGGGCAGGUUUGCAUCCAAGGACCUGUUUAAAGCCUUCGCCCGCCACCUCUCGCACUGGCUGGCUCAGAAGCCCUCUCCUGGAAGGAGUGGUGAGAGCCUGCACCCCAGGCCACGAGGCCCUUGGGGGGUCUGCAGGACGGAGGCUGGCCCUCGCGUUCCUCACCCCGAAUCCGUAGUGAAGGAAGAGGCCCAGAACCUCAUCAAGCAGUUUUUCCAUGGCCGGGCCCGGUGUGAGAGUGAAGCUGACUGGCACGGCCUGUGUGCCCCACAGAGAUGACCAGCUGCUGCCCAGUGGGGCCAGCGUCCUUCCCCGGACUUGACCACGGGCUAGCCUGGGCCUGACUUGGGAAUGGGGAAGGUGGGUAGGCCUGCUGCUGCCCGGCCGUCCCUUCUCGGGGUCCUUCCCCUCCCACCACUCCUUGCUGUGGAGAUGGCCCCAGACACCUCCCGGUCAAGGUCAGAGGCCAGAGGUCAGCCCACCUUUCUGUUUACUUGUGAGGCCUGAGGUCCUCUCUCCGAGCCUCUCCUGGCCUUCAUGGCUGGGUUUUCUGAGUUGGGUCCCCAGAGCAGACGGGUGUGGGUGGUGUGGCUGUGGCCAGGGGACCAGGAAGAAGAGGUCCCUCCACCCCUUGUGCUUACGUUGCAAGCCGGGGCGCACUGUGCAUGGCAGGGCCCAGCGGAGAGCCCUGCUGCCUCGGGUCAGGCUCAGAGCUCGGGAGGGGCAGCAGCCAGUCUGCUCCCGCCGCUCCUGUGCAGGGAGGCCGGCCGGGAAUAAAGCCGUUUGCUCCGACAC